CUGCAGAAUAAGAAGGAUGCGGAAGUGACCUCGCAGUGUUUACAGCGGCCGCCUGACUCCACAGCAGCGACAGCGAAGCUCCAUGAACACAGCGUCUCUUUGUCUCCGCACGCGUCUCCUCGGUGUUUGUCUCGAUGGGAGCUCACGAGCCCGAGUCUCUGGACUACUCUGUGCACGAAGCCUGGAACGAGGCCACUAACGUGUACCUGCUGGUGAUCCUGGUCAGCUUCGGUCUGCUCAUGUACGCCAGAAAAAACAAGAGGAAGAUCAUGCGCAUCUUCACUCUGCCUCCCACCGUGGGCAGCAGCCCGGAGCCCAACUUCUACGACAGUCUGCAGAAGGUCCGCCUGCGGCAGCAGCUGGAGAUGUACUCUCUGGCCAGAAAAAUGGAGCAGCAACAGCAGCAGCAACAACAAGGUCAGACAGACAGCGUGCAGCUUUCCAUGGAAUGACAGCAGCCGAGCCCUCCUCCUCCCUGUGUGUCAGGAAAACACUCCUGUGUCUUUAAGUCAUCAGGACAUGGAUAGGAAAGGACUUGAGCGGCUGCCAUGGUCUGAGAUUGUGGAAAAGACUCUUAUCCUGUCCUGGUGUUGUUUCUGUUUGGCUUUUGUUUCUGCUAGAUGGAUGAAAACAAGCCAGAGAGCGUGACAUCACACAGAGCAGUGACACAGUCUACCAUGAAGAAUUUGUUGCACAUCAAAUACAAUCCUAUAUUUAGAGCAUAGAUGUUUUUUAUUUGUUUGUUAGAUGUUUGUAAGAUAUGUUUUUUGUGAAGUGGUAAUUCAAAUAAAUUCUUAUCAAUUAUACUCAAAUGUGACAAAUAAAAACAAAUAAACCUAAAG